AUAUCAGUGGGAACGGCUUCAUCCACACCAAUGAUUUAACAGAUGUGUUGAAGGCAGCCAAUCUCCCUCUCCCAGGUUAUAAAGCCAGAGAACUCAUUCAGAAUUUGACAACCACAGGGGAUGGCAGGAUCAGUUUUGAUGAAUUUAUUUCAAUUUUCCAAAACCUGAAGAGUGAUGAUGUGGCUAAGUCAUUCCGAAAACAAAUCAACAAAAAGGAGGGAAUCUGUGCUAUCGGUGGGACGUCCGAGCAGUCCAGUGCUGGCACACAACACUCUUACUCAGAGGAAGAAAAGUAUGCCUUUGUCAACUGGAUUAAUAAAGCCCUUGAGAAGGACCCUGACUGUAAACACGUGGUCCCAAUGAAUCCGGAAACAGAUGACCUCUUCCAGGCAGUCGGUGAUGGCAUAGUGCUUUGUAAGAUGAUCAACUUUUCAGUGCCAGAUACCAUUGAUGAGAGAACAAUCAACAAAAAGAAACUCACGCCCUUCACAAUACAGGAAAAUCUGAACCUGGCCCUGAACUCUGCCUCAGCCAUUGGGUGCCAUGUUGUUAACAUUGGAGCUGAAGACCUGAAAGAAGGGAAACCUUACCUGGUUUUGGGUCUUUUAUGGCAAGUCAUCAAAAUUGGACUGUUUGCUGACAUAGAGAUCAGCAGGAACGAAGCCUUGAUUGCUCUUCUGAGAGAAGGGGAGAGCCUGGAGGAUCUGAUGAAGUUGUCUCCAGAGGAGCUGCUGCUGAGGUGGGCAAACUACCACCUGGAGAAUGCAGGAUGCAACAAAGUCACCAACUUCAGCUCAGACAUCAAGGACUCAAGAGCUUAUUACCAUUUGCUGGACCAAGUUGCCCCCAAGGGAGAUGAAGAAGGCAUUCCGGCUAUUACUAUUGACAUGUCAGGAUUAAGGGAGAAGGACGACGUCCAGCGAGCAGAGUGCAUGCUGCAGCAGGCAGAGCGGCUGGGCUGCCGGCAGUUCGUCACGGCCACCGACGUCGUCCGGGGGAACCCAAAGCUAAACCUGGCCUUCAUCGCCAACUUGUUCAACAAAUACCCUGCACUGCACAAGCCGGAGAACCAGGACAUCGACUGGAGCUCUAUUGAAGGUGAAACAAGGGAAGAGAGGACGUUCAGGAACUGGAUGAACUCCCUGGGUGUUAAUCCACGUGUAAAUCACUUAUAUAGUGACCUGUCAGAUGCCUUGGUUAUCUUCCAGCUCUAUGAAAAGAUCAAAGUGCCAGUAGACUGGAACAGAGUGAACAAACCACCAUAUCCUAAACUGGGUGGCAACAUGAAGAAGCUUGAAAACUGCAACUAUGCAGUGGAACUGGGAAAGAAUCAAGCCAAAUUUUCCCUUGUUGGCAUCGCUGGGCAAGAUCUGAAUGAAGGAAACCGUACACUCACACUGGCCUUAAUCUGGCAGUUGAUGAGAAGGUACACCCUGAAUAUCCUUGAAGACAUUGGUGGUGGAGAGAAGGUGAAUGAUGAAAUCAUUGUCAGCUGGGUCAAUGAAACACUGACUGCAGCUGGGAAGGAUUCAACCAUCUCCAGUUUCAAG